AUGGGAGUGUUUCGAGACAUUCACUUUUGUAUUGACAAACUGGGUGAUGAAGAGAACAAGAAAUUAAGAAGAGCAAUAGAAAAGGAGGGAGGGAGUUAUCGAGAUAUUUUGGAGGACGACACGUCCUAUCUGAUUGUGCGAAAGGUUGGAUCGUACAACUAUUAUAAAGCUCAACAAAUGAACAUCCCAAUCGUGCCUCUUGCAUGGGUGUACGAUUCUAUUCAAGAUAAAGAACUCAAAGAUCCUGCAGAAUACCCUCUUCGUCUGUUUGAAGGAAUGGUCGUGUCUACGACAGGUUUCAACAACGACGAACGAUAUGUGAUGCAGGCGGAGCUGGAGCGGCAUGGUGGUGUGUUUGAAGGAAACAUGCUCUACGACCACACAGAUUAUCUGAUCGUGCGUAAUAUAUACAGUGAAAAGUACCGAAUCGCGCUCGAGUGGGGUACCAUCAUCUUAGUGAACGAAUACUGGUUUCAAGACAGCGUUCGUUGCAACAAGCUUCAAAAUCCGAUCCACUACCAAAACUUCACGCAAACCCUCGAAAAAGCUCAAGACAAAGCGGCCAAUCAAUCGAACCCGCACGUUCGAUCGCAGCUGGAUAAGCAAACCCCCACGUCCUUCACCGACUCUUGUUUAUCGCUCGUCCAGCCGCUGGAAAGCGAGUAUUUAACGCCGAAUAAAACGAUCGCGCAUACACGAGAAGUGGAUUUGCUUUUGGACGGGUUUAUCUUCUACCUCGCAAUCAGCAAUCCCUCCACGAAGAAGCGAGUUCUCUCGAUUCUGCUCAGUCAUGGCGCGUUCUGGUCGACGAACCUUUUUUCUCUGAAGCGUAGCAUCGAUACGAUUCUCUCUUCCACGAAUCUCAUCAUCGCCGAAACCCAAACCGACUACCAAACCGCGAUGCAGUGGAUCCACAGCUCUCCCCAGUCGAACGAGCUCUCGCUCAUCCCCGUUUUAAACGUCGAUUGGGUGCUGGACACGCACGGAAAGUACCAGCUCAUGGAGUACGACGCGUAUCGCUGGCGCAAAGGCAUCUUCUCCAACCUCUCCUUCUUCAUCUACGAGUUCAAACGCGAUUAUGACAAGGUCAAACAGUGCAUCGAGUCGAACGACGGCCGCGUCGCCGCCACUCUCGACGACGCCGUGUACGUCGUCUGCGCCAAAACCGUCGAUUCGGACAUCUACAAGGACGAUCGCGCGGUCUCCGCCAAGUGGCUUCGCUCCUGCACCAAAGCCAAUCGGCUGGUGCCUCGCAACGAGAAGGUUCUCUACCGCCCGUUUCCACGAUUGCUGGGAGGGAAAACGCUCUGUCUCACCGGGUUUCGCAGGGAAGACCAGCUCACCAUGGCCGACUACGUGGAGUACCGGUGGAAGAAGGGCGUCUGA